AUGGCGCCGGACAUGGAGGUCGGCGCGAUUCAUACCAACGGGUUCACCGAAGGCGCAGAAGCCUCCAAUUCAACGAUCAACCCUUACGAAACAAACCCAGCUAGGAUCCCCCGCGAUGACCCGUUUCUCGCCCAGAGCGUGCAAUAUGGCCGCUACGCCCCGCAUCCCACUGAUUUCACCCCGCGCUAUCAGAACUGGCAUCAGUCUGAUCCCGAGACGAACACUUUUUGGCAAGAGGUGGCGCAGAGAUUCUGCACCCCGGAAUAUUCACUCAAGAUAUCGGGGCCGAGGGAGAUAUUCGCUGCUGGUAGUGUGAUCAUCCGAGUCGACCAUGAUCCUGUCGACGUCAGUGUCGCGGAGCGAUACUCGUGCGCCAAUGCGAACGAACUUUCCGCGGCCCGGAAAGUGGAGGAAUCGCUGCGUGAAAUCGGAGUCACGGUUCCGGUCAUACAUUUCUGUGGUACAAUUGAGGGUAAGAAUGUGACGGUGGAAUCACGAGUACCGGGCGUCUCUCUGGACGUGGCGUGGCGUUAUUUAAGCACCGAGCAAGUGGCUACCUUCAAAAACCAGUGCCGUCAACUCUUGCAGCAUAUUUCAACGAUCGAUCCCUCUCCUACCGAACCUUCCUACAUUUGCCGCGGUCUCAAUACACAAACACCACCCCCAGGGCGCGAGACGGAACAGUCAAUACUCCUGGCUGAGAAGGGCGGCGAGGAGAAUCUUUCCUUCACGCACAAUAAUUUGAUACCGGCAAACGUCAUCGUCAAGGACGAUCGGAUCGUGGGUCUCACGGGAUGGCGGGAAAGUGGAUAUUUUGGCAUCGCUCGAGCUCAAAAAGUGCACAAGUCAUUGAGGGAUCUCCAGCUUGGCCCACAAAUAAGCGGAAAUGAUGCAUGGCUUGAUCUUUAUGAUGAGGACUAUGAUUCUAGCAAAAGCGCGCCAUUGGUUGCAAGCAAAGACAUCGCUCUGCCAUCCGUGAAAACAGAACCUACAAGUUCAACACUAGAAAAAUUCCCUAUCAGCGACGACUUGGACACCAAAUCGCUAGGAUUCGACGGAACCAGCGAUUAUCCGACAUCGAAGAAACUUGCCAACUUGAAGAAUGGAACAGCUUCUCGUGCCUCGUCCUCCGACCGGUCAUCACCCGCAACAUCAGUCAAGCCCGCAUCAAAUAAAAAAGCGGGAUCCGCUACUACGAAGAAAGGCACGGCAAAGAAACCGGCUGCUAAGAAGCGCAAGGUGAAUGAUGUAGAUGCAGACAGUGCUGAUGGGCGUCGAUCAAAUACACCCGCAUCUCGUGCCAGCAAAGGCCCAGGCAAAAAGCAAGACUCUGUCUCCAUCGCAGGGUCCCCGGCACCCGAGGAAAAGAAGAAGAAAAAGAAAGGGGCGAGGAGACGCCUUGUAAAUGAAGAUGAAGAGGAUGUCGAAGAUCCGAACGAGCUCUUUUGCAUCUGCAGACGACCCGAUAACCACACAUGGAUGAUUGGGUGUGAUGGCAAUUGCGAAGACUGGUAUCAUGGAAAAUGUGUCAAUAUCCAUGCUAGAGAUGAAGAGUUGAUCGAGAGAUACAUCUGUCCGAACUGUGAAGAGAGAGGACAAGGUCGCACAACAUGGAAACCGAUGUGCCGUCUCCCCGAAUGUCGUAAACCGGCACGCGCCACUCCCAAGAACCCUAGCAAGUACUGCUCCGACGACCAUGGCCAGGAAUUCAUGCGACAGCAGACUCGCCAGUUUAAGCUUGGAUCAGCCCGAAAGGGAGUGGAGGAUCUAGGUAGCAUGGGCGGUAUUCUCACGGCCGGCGACCUCAAAGCUGCUAUACUCGGCGUGACCUCGGUUGAAGAAUUUCGCAGAUUAGGUGAUCGGAUCAUUUCCCCGUCAGCUUCUACAAAGGAGAAUACUCCCAAUUCUGAGGUGAAGAGCGAAACAGUGCUGCAGGUCGGCAAUGGAUUUGACAUCAACCCCAAAGGCGUGGAGUAUUCCCCCGAGGAAGCCGCACAAAUGGCGAGGUUGCGCAAGCUGCGCGACGACCUUCUUCACCGCAAGGAGAUGCUUGCCGCACGCUCGAAGUUCGUGGGGCUUCUGCGACCGCGAGCCAAGGGAGUGGUGGAAAAGCUAAAGCAGAAGGAGCCGAAAGGCGGAUGGAAGGAUAUCUGUGGGUUCGAUUCACGGGUUUCGUGGUCGGACGAGGAAUUCGACGAGUGGCGGUUGUCAGAAGCUGGGAAGAAGGCGCUCGCAGAGGGCACGAUCGAGGCUAUGGCUGCUAAUUUGCCUGGCAACACCGACGCAGAUGGCGAUACAGCCAUGGAUGGAGAGGGUGAGGAUGAAUUGGCCUUCUUGACUCGUGGUGUCUGCACGAAGAAACGUUGCGAGCGACACAAGCAGUGGGUCAAAGUGCAGCAGCAAGAUAUUUUGUUUGAAGAGACCACUGCAGACGAGGAUCUUGCCAGAUACGAGGAAGAGGCACGUUAUGUCGCCGAAAGCGCCGUUCUAAGAAGAUGGGCUGAGAAAGAGAAUAUUCCUUCUGGGUCCGGGUAG